AUGGUUCAACAUUACAAAUUUUUCUCCAUCUUAUUGGUUGCAUUUAUCUACUUUAUACAUGACCAAAUGAUUACUACUACAACAGCACGUCGCAUUCUACAAACUCCUAGUUUCUUAACGCCCACUACCCCCAUGUUCUCAAAUUCCCCCGGUCUUCCAAAGCCUGCUAGCCCAAGUUUCUCCAAUUCACUUAGUCUUUCGAAGUCCGAGAUUCCUAGUUUCUCUAAGCCCGAAACUCCUAGUAUCUCAAAGCCAGAAACUCCUAGUUUCUCAAAACCCGAAACUCCAAGUUUCUUAAAACCUGAAACUCCUAGUUUCUCAAAACCAGAAACUCCUAGUUUCUCAAAGCCAGAAACUCCUAGUUUCUCAAAACCCGAGACUCCUAGUUUCUCAAAACCACAGACUCUUAGUUUCUCGAAGUCCGAAACUCCUAGUUUCUCAAAAUCCGAGACUCUCUAA